CCGGCCGCGACUCUCUCUCAGAGGCAGCAAUGAGGAGGAGGGAUCGUCGCCCUGCUGAUACCGGGAGGAUGCAGUAACACCCGUUUGUCUUCUAGUGGGAUCAUAUUUGUAUAUUUCUCGGGAAAACAAACAAUACGUUGCGGAUUUGGCCUGUCCAUCACUCGGAUGCAAGCAGAGCCCGCCCCAACUUAACAAUGGGCCCCAUUCCCCUGUGUGUGCUGCUCCCAGUGACGGUGCUGGCUGUGGUGCUGGCUGUAGCUGCUGAGGAGAAUGCAGUUGACGACGAGUAUACCUGGCCACAGUGGAAGGUGCCUCUGGUAAGGCAAAGACACACUGUCCCUCUAAGCAGUUCAAACUUUUCCGCGCAUCCUCAGGCGCAGCUGAGCGGGACCUGUGGGAUCGAGUGUCAGCGUCGCCUUCCUGCUUCCUCUCUGGCUGACCUGGAGCAGUUCCUGUCCUACGAGACGGUCUAUGAGAAUGGUACGCGCACGUUUACCUCCGUUUCUGUGCAGGGCCUGAAUGAGGUUGCUUCCUUGUCCCAAAACGUCUCAUCUAGGUCCCGGCAAAAACGCGAGGUGUACGGCACUGAUACCCGCUUCACCAUCUCUGAUAAGCAGUUCUCCACCAAAUAUCCCUUCUCCACCUCUGUGAAGAUCUCCACAGGAUGUUCUGGGGUUCUUGUGUCGCCUAAACAUGUUCUGACUGCUGCCCACUGCAUCCAUGAUGGGAAGGACUAUCUAGAUGGGGUGCAGAAGCUGCGAGUCGGUAUUCUCAAGGAGAAGUCCAGACGAGGGAAGGGAGGCAAAGGUAGAGGAGGGCGGGGAAAGGGCAAAAGGAGAAAGGGAGACAAAGAUGAAGAGGAAGCGCAAGAGAAGGAAGGGGACGAUGGUAAAGGAGACCGUAAAGGAAAAGGGAAAGGAAGAAAGAGCCGCAGUCGACGAAGUGCAGAAUCGGGGAAACCUUCCUUCAGGUGGACGGGGGUCAAGAAGACCCAGGUGCCUAAGGGCUGGUUCAAAGGUGUGUCUGAAGGACUGACUGCAGAUUAUGACUAUGCUGUUUUGGAGCUGAAGAAAGCACCUAAAGUCAAGUACAUGGAUCUGGGAGUUAUCCCCUCUGUGAAGAAGCUUCCUGCUGGGAGGAUCCACUUCUCUGGCUUCGAUGAUGACCGUCCUGGAAACCUGGUGUACCGAUUCUGCUCCGUCUCUGAUGAGUCAAAGGAUUUGUUGUACCAAUACUGCGAUGCCAAACCGGGCUCCAGUGGCUCCGGAAUCUACAUCCGUCUCAAAGAGCCAGGCAAGAAGAAGUGGACGAGGAAGAUCAUCGGGGUUUACUCUGGGCACCAGUGGGUCGAUGUUAACGGGAACGGGAUGCAGCAGGAUUACAACGUGGCGGUCAGGAUAACACCCCUCAAAUAUGCCCAGAUCUGCUACUGGAUCCAUGGGGACUCAAGUCUGUGCAAGGUAGCUUAGAAAAACACAGGAUCCCCCCUGGACCACCAACCCUCUCCCAUUCCACCUCUAUACUAAAGGCACCCUCCCCACUCUCCAACCAGGGGCCCCGACGACUGCCUCUCCCAAUCCUGCCUCCCUUUUUACCUCCUGUGCCUCCCAGUGACUCCUGUUACACAGAUCUAAGAUCACACACACAGCCCACAUUCAGCCAUACAGACUCAGUGUUGACAACAACCGGAAUUUGUCUUCGUCAAGAGAACUGUGGCUGGUCAGCUUUUCUAAUUUAUUUGCUAAGAAAAUGGAGAAAAAAAUAUGUAUUAUGUGUAUUUUGCUGUUUUGCUUUCUAUUUGGAUUGUUUUGUUCUAGGAUUUGACCUUUUUGGAUACAAUGUUGUAAAGGUUGUGUAUUCAAAUGUUAAUGAGCGAAGGCCCAGGUACAUUUAUUCUAUUCAAACUAGGCUUUUUAUGGAGAAAGUUUCCAAGUGUUCUCCACCACUGUAAAGAAGAGCGCGUGCAUUGGCUUUGACAAAAGACCCAGAAGAAAUGUAUGUAACUUUUGUUUCGCAAAUGAACUAUAUAAAGAUAACAUUUUUUAUAAACAUUUUAAUUGAACAAACUGGUGUUUUGCAUUUUGUAGAUCUAGAACUUUGUUUUUUACAACUACCUUUUAAAAAAAAUAGAGAAAGGGUCAUUAUGGAUCCUGGAUAGAUUUCUUAUCUGAUUAGUGAAUCACACCAUCUUUUCUCUGUUCUCGCAACACAGUGAAAUGGGGUUUCAUUGUUGUGCACAUAAUUAUACCGGUGCUUAUCCAGAAAACGUGGUGCUAAUUUAUGAAACUGUAAACUCUAUUGGGGGGGGCGGGGGUGGGGAUUUCUCAGAAUAUAUUUUGAUAGCCUAGUGCAGUUACUAUGUAUUUUAUGUGAGGCUACAUAUGUGGGUUUUGUUAAAAUGGGAAUGAACCAUUUAAUGAUAUACUUGAGCUGUUGAUAUUUCUCUAAUUCUGUUGGUUAAUAAGAUUACAAAGGCAAUGUUGCUAUAUAAUAACAAAUUAAAUCUGGGAUGUGAUGUUUUUUACUUUUUUGUUGUUUCUGUCCAAAAAUUAUUCGUAUCCUUUUGAAUACCAAACACCUGAUAUUAAUGAUGCGGAUUGAUGACUACCAACCAUUAAAUCAAGAUUACUA